CUUAAGCCUCCUGUCGCUAAUGCCCAAGCUGCGGAGUGUUGUGCUGGAUGGCAAUCGCUUUACUGUUGGUGAAACCAAAAAUGUCGUACUGGACCGAAUAACGACUCUUAGCCUUUCGCAUACGCUGCUCUCCUGGUCCGAAAUUGCUUCGGUAACAGAAGCCUUUCCGAACACUACGAGGCUGGCUGCUGCUAGCAACGAGCUCGCAACUAUCGGCCCAGAUGCACUACCGACGAGGCUCGAGGAGCUCGACUUGUCCGAGAAUGCUUUUCUGGCUCUCUCAGACCUUGCACACCUUGCCGGUCUUCCGCGUCUACGGAUCUUGACCCUAAAGCACAAUCCAAUUGGUUUGAUGAAGCAUGACUCCAGCGUUCGAUCUCUUUCCUUGAUCAGCAAUAGCAUAGAAGACAUCGACCUAGCUCAUAACGCAAUUGCGACAUGGUCUUUAUUCGACGCCUUAUCACUUUCAUUGCCGGCUGUGAGGCACCUACGUGUUACAGGAAACCCGCUCUACAAGGAUCUUCGUUCUGCAGAGGGCAAGCCUUUGACUGCCGAAGAUGGGUACAUGCUUACCAUGGCAAGGCUACCACAGCUGGAGACUUUGAACUUCAGCAAGAUCACGGAGAAGGAACGCCUGAAUGCCGAGCAUUACUACCUUCGCGAGAUUGCCGCAGAGGUUUCUCUAGCACCCGAGGACAAGGCCGCUGAGAUUCUCUCAAGGCAUCCAAGAUGGAAAACUCUAUGCGAGGAAUAUGGAGAGCCAACAAUCAGUAGGGCGCCGAAGCCUGACGAAAUUAAUCCGCGAUCUCUAGCGGCAAGCUUGGUGGUUAUCACUUUCGUCCUAGCCAACGAAGGCUUUAUUGACGAGCCGGUCCGUUCAUGGGUGAAAGAGGUCCCGAAGUCCUUUAACGUAUAUACACUUCUCGGCAUGGUCGGAAGAAGGCUUGGUAUCAGCCCGCUGAAGCUGCGUUUGGUCUUGGAGACUGGCGAAAAAGAUCCAAUCGGAAAAAACAAUGGUGACGGCACCCUGGAAUGGUGGGACAGUGACGAAGACGAAGCUGUCGUGAUGGAUGAUGGCGCAAAUCUAGUGGCAAGAGAAGUUGAGCUUGUCGCAGGCACUAGAGCGCUCGGCACGUACAUCGAAGGCCGUGAAGUAAGCAUCCGAGUCGAAGCGCAAUAGACCUUGCGUAUUCACAUGCUUCACUCUCGUUUCCGAUACAUAUGAUCGGGAAAUAACGGCUCCGGGCGUUUUCGGCUACUCAUAAUUAUUGGAUGAGGUUUGCUAGAUUCAUUCACUGACCG